AUGUUGCUUCAGACCACCUUCAGACCAGUUCCAAGCAUUCUGAGCAUUGAGGGGUUGGACAGGCCACUUUGCGAGUUCAUGGCAGUGAGCUCGAUCAAGAGCUCGAUCGAGUCGGGCCUCGAACAAACGAACUCGAUCGAGCUGGGGACUGAAUGCAAAGAGCAAGCUCAAGGAGAUUGGUCUGAGCCCAACGCGCCUAAAGUCGACCUCAAACCUUUGCCUGAGCGCCUCAGGUAUGCAUUUCUGGGUGAAAACUCAACCUACCCUGUCAUUGUGAACUCUGAUUUGGAACCUGAACAGUUGAGUGCUUUGCUUGUUGAACUGAGGAAGUACAGAAAAGCAAUAGGUUACACUCUAGAUGAUAUCAAGGGAAUCUCCCCUGACCUAUGCAUCCAUAGGAUUCAUCUAGAGGAUGAAAGUAAGUCUAGCAUUGAACCUCAAAGGAGAUUGAACCCCAAUCUAAAGGAAAUAGUGAAGAAAGAGAUACUCAAGUUGCUUGAUGCUGGGAUAAUCUAUCCCAUCAAUGAUAGCACUUGGAUAUCUCCAGUUCAUUGCGUCCCAAAGAAAGGGGGGAUCACUGUCAUAAAAAUGACAAGGAGGAGCUGA